AUGAAUAAUAAUAUUGGUAAAUUGAAUAGUAACAACAACAAUGAUUUAUCAAAUACAACAAUACCACCACCAAAGUUAAAUAAAAGUAAUAAUAACAAUAAUAUGAUAAGUAACAAUAAUAAUGAUAGAAAAAUGACGACGACAUCAUCUUCUUCUUCUACAGUUGUAGAUAUCCCAUUACAGCAAAUCAGUGAGUUACAACUUGAUUUACAAAUACUGAAACAAACGAAAUCUGAAAAUGACAAUCAUAGAUCUUCAAAGCUCUUACCUGACCGAAUGUCAAUAAGUAGAGCCGAAUCAAAAGAUAAAAACAUGACAAACAUUGAAGAUCAACAACAUCAAUAUGAUGAUGAAGAACAAGAGUCCGAUAAAUCAAAUAUUGAAAACAAAAGUAAUAUUAGGAGAAAAAUAGAUGAUAAAGUAUACAACAUUCAAUAUAUUGAGAAAAAAGAACAACCUUUAUCAAUACCUAGUAGUUUAACUUAUCAUCAAAGAAUUAUGGAUGUCUAUCAUAAAGAGGGAUUAGAGUCCCAACAGUUAUUGGAUUUGGUGGAAAAUAUUGAUUAUAAAUUAUUCUCACAAUUACAAGAAGAGUCCAUUGAAAUUAUUUUACCAAUAAUCUUAAAAUUUCAAACCGAAACAAUUGAAUUACAUUUAAUAGCUAUCUCAUUAAUAGUUUUAUGGAUGAUGUUUGAAAAGUUUCCACAUUUCUUUUCGAAGCGAAAGUAUACCGAUAUCAUGUCACAAUUUAACUACCAAAUGAAACAACUCGAGAGAACCAGUGUCAUUGAAGAUUUAAAAGAGAAUCAUAUGUUUCCAUUCACCAACGAGGAGUAUAAUCUCCUGAAGAAUAUUAUUGAUAAAUAA